CCUAAAGCUUUUGUAAUACUGUCGAAUCGCUCACAGCAUCGUCGCUGCAGUUUUCAAUUAUCGGCUUCAUCUCCAUUCACAGAUAGAACUGCCAGGAUUCCGAGAUGAGAGUAACAGGAUUGUUGGUCCUCCUGAUCGGACUCUGGAAACAAUCCCACUCUCAGAGAAGUAAACCAGUGUUCCAGGAAGUUACACAGACCCUCCUUCCUCCUGACAGGCUGCACAAUCCAACACAGCUCAACUAUGGAAUGGCAGUAACAGAUGUAGAUGGUGAUGGCGAUCUCGAAGUAGUGGUGGCCGGAUACAACGGGCCUAACCUGGUGUUGAAAUAUGACCGCACACAGAAUAAACUGGUAAACAUUGCUGUGGAUGACAGUACCUCGCCAUAUUACGCUCUAAGGGAUGUAGCUGGGAACGCUAUUGGUGUCACAGCCUGUGAUGUGGAUGGAGAUGGACGGGAGGAAAUCUACUUCCUCAACACAAAUAAUGCCUACUCUGGACGGGCCACUUACUUCGACAAGCUCUUCAAGUUUCGUAACGGUCGCUUUGAGGAUCUGCUCAGUGAUGAGCUCAACGUGCGCCGUGCCGUCGCUAACCGCAUGGCGGGACGAUCUGUGGCAUGCAUUGACAGAAAGGGAACAGGCCGCUACUCAGUCUACGUGGCAAACUACGCCAGCGGCAACAUCGGACCCCACGCUCUCUUAGAGAUGGACGUGGCUGCCAGUGAUGUGGCAAAUGGCAUUAUUGCGCUGUCUGAUGUUGCUGCCACAGCUGGAGUAAACAAGCUCACAGGUGGACGCGGGGUUGCGGUUGGACCCAUCGUCAGUGAUACGAGGUCCGAUGUUUUCUGUGACAAUGAAAGAGGACCCAACUUCCUGUUCAUGAACAAUGGAGAUGGAACUUUUGUUGACAUCGCCAGGCGGGCAGCGAGUGGCUGGCGACCAGUCCAGGGUGUACCCCUCCUCACCCAUUCAGCUGAGAUAGGCACCAGCUCACCCACAAUCGAAAUGAGGACAAGUGGUGUGGAGGACCAAUACCAACAUGGUAGAGGAGUAGCACUAGCUGAUUUCAACGGCGAUGGAAAGACAGACAUUGUCUACGGCAACUGGAACGGCCCCCACAGGCUUUACCUACAGGGUAGCAACUCUAAUUUCAGGAAUAUUGCGACUGCAGGAUUUGCAUCCCCCUCCCCGAUUCGCACAGUUAUUGCAGCUGAUUUUGACAAUGACAGGCAACUUGAGGUGUUUUUCAACAAUAUUGCCUACAGAGGCAAUGCUCCCAACAGGCUCUUCAGUUCUGAGGACCGGGGUUCAAAUCCCGACCCCGCCUGCUUGGAGUUUGCAUGUUCUCCCAAUACCUGCGUGUGUUUUCUCCAGGUACUCCGGUUUCCUCCCACAUCCCUAAAACAUGCAUGGGUGUCGAGAAGAGCUAAUGCUGACCCUUUAAUCCAGGAGCUUAAUGUGGGAGACGCUGCAGAGCCUCAAGGCAGAGGAACGGGCGGCACUGUGACUGAUGUGGAUGCAGACGGGCAGUUGGACCUUCUGCUGGCACACGGAGAGAGUGCAGCGCAACCAAUCUCUGUCUUCAAAGUCACACAGGGCUCAACAAAUAAGUGGCUUCGAGUCAUUCCUCGCACCCAGUUUGGCUCGUAUGCGCGAGGUGCUAAGGUAACAGUGUUCACCAAGACGAGUGGAGCUCAUAUGCGCAUCAUUGACGGAGGAUCUGGGUACCUGUGUGAGAUGGAACCUGUUGCCCACUUUGGAUUAGGAAACGAUGAUGUUUCUGUGCUGGAGGUCUCUUGGCCUGAUGGUAACUUCAUCACCCGUAUCCUUCAGCCUGGCGAAAUGAAAUCAGUGGUGGAAGUGCCAUUUCCCAGGGACAGAGAAAUGUCCAUGCUUGACAGUGACACAGAGUGUGGUAAAGGCUUUACUGUGAAGAACGGCUGCUGCACAGGCAUCUGAGGACAUGUUCGUCUAUCCAACUUCGAAAAAAAGCAAUUAUUUUUCAAACGUUGCUUUGCUGAGCCUUGUUUUAUUUCCUAACUCUGAGUGUGAUGAGUAAUCUUUUUGUUUAGUUUUUUUUUUUUUUUUCUUUUUUAGUAUUCUAUUGCAGUUAAAACUCCCAUAGUUCACUAAAAAUGCUUAUUAAUGCCUUACUUCCAUUCUGUCGUUACAAUCUCCUGAAAUAAAAUGUUUACAAUCAACCUACUGGAUGAUUGUCAUUUCAUGAUUGAAUGCCUUAUUACAGUUAGUGAUAAGUGAGACAACUUGUGUUAGCCUUACCUGAUGUUUAUCUCCUCCUAUGCUUUCUUGCUACCCUCCAUCUCAUUGUAGCAAAGUGAACUUGGUGUGUC